AUGAGUGUCUCUGAGCUGAGCCCGACCAGAGCCCUGGGCAGUGUCUCUGGGCUUCUGCAGGUGGUCUCCCUGCUCGGCCUGGUUCUGCUUCUGCUCAAGGUGGCACAGCUCUACCUGCGCAGACAGUGGCUGCUCAAAACCCUUCAUCAGUUCCCAUCUCCUCCUCCCAACUGGCUCUGUGGGUACAAGCAGGAGGGGACAAUGGCCAUAGUUCUGAUCUACGACUCUGACUAUAUGAACGUGGUCCUGGGGAGGUCAGGGACAGGCUUGCUGCUGUUGGAGGGGCAGAUGUUGUUCCAGCACUGGUGGAUGCUGACCCCAGCCUUCCACUACGACAUCCUGAAGCCCUACAUGGGACACAUGGCCCACUCUGUCCAAAGGAUGCUGGAGGAGCUCAUCAGCCAGGACUCACAUGUAGAGAUCUUCAGACAUGUCUCCUUGAUGACCCUGGACACCAUCAUGAAGUGCACCUUCAGCUUCCAGUGCAGCAUCCAGACUGACAGGAACUCCAAGUCCUACAUCCAGGCUGUCAGGGAUCUCAACAAUGCAAUGAUCAAGGAGAGGAAGGCUCACCUGCAGAAGGAGGGAGAGCUGGAGAAGGUGAGGAGCAGGAGGCACUUGGACUUCCUGGACAUCCUCCUCUUUACCAGAAUGCAGAAGGGGAGCAGCUUCUCUGAUGUGGACCUCCAUGCCGAAGUGGACACGUUCAUGUUCAAGGGUCAUGACACCACAGCCAGCGGCAUCUCCUGGAUCCUCUAUACACUGGCUUCCCACCCUGUGCAUCAGCAGAGGUGCCAGGAAGAGAUCCAGAGCCUCCUGGUGGAUGGUGCUUCCAUCACCUGGAAUCAUCUUCCCCUAUCCUUUUACGGGCUUCAUCACAACCCAAAGGUGUGGCCAAACCUGGAGAUUGACGCAAGAAGUUUGACCCCAUCUGUCCUGGCCCUGGUGCUUUCUCUGCAGGUGUUUGACCCAUCCUGGUUUGCACCAGGUUCUACUCGACACAGCCAUGCCUUCCUGCCCUUCUCAGGAGGAUUCAGGAACUUCAUCGGGAAGCAGUUUUCCAUGAAUGAGUUGAAGGUGGCUGUGGCCCUGACCUUGCUUCGAUUUGAACUGGCACCAGACCCCUCAAGAGUCCCAGUGCCCAUUUGA